AUGAAUCUGGAGCCCUUGCCCCGAACCGAAACGAUACACGUUACCGCACCGGCCGCAGCGGCGGCAGCAGCAGCAGCGGCCGCGGCCCUCCACCGUCCGGUACAGACCAUGCCGCAGCGGUCACCGUUCGCGAUCCAGGAGCUGCUCGGGCUGGGCAGCAGCGGCGAGUCGACGCGCCCGAGCGGCGUCGUGUCGGCGGUCACCCCGUCACUGUAUCCGACCGCCGUCGGGCAGGCCUCGUUUGCGGCAGCGGCCGCCGCCGCCGGAUGUGCCGAUCCGCACCAGAUGCAGAUGGCGGCGGCAUCGCGGAUGGCGUACUUUAACGCACACGCUGCCGUCGCGGCCGCCUUUCUGCCCCACAACAUUGCCAGUGCGGCCGCCGGUGGUGGAUCGCUGCAGCUACAUUCGGCACAGUCGGCCAACAAUUUUACACACUUAAAGUCAACCUUCGGCGGUGGCGGCGGUGCUUGCUUACCGGGGGGCGGCGUAGAUUCCAGUAAAGACUUUACCAUCGACGGUCUAAAUAGUUAUGGAAAGAAGAAAAAGAAGAAACGAAGGCAUAGUCGAACAAUAUUCACUAGCUACCAACUGGACGAGCUCGAAAAGGCCUUCAAGGAAGCGCACUAUCCGGAUGUGUACGCCCGUGAAAUGCUUUCACUUAAAACGGAUCUCCCAGAGGACAGGAUACAAGUGUGGUUUCAGAACCGGCGAGCCAAAUGGCGCAAGACUGAAAAGUGCUGGGGCCGCAGCACGAUCAUGGCCGAGUACGGGCUGUACGGGGCGAUGGUGCGCCAUUCGCUGCCGCUGCCGGAAACGAUCCUCAAGUCGGCGAAAGAGAACGAAACCGUCGCGCCGUGGCUGCUAGGUAUGCAUCGGCCGUCGGCCGCGUUACCAACGGCGGACGAGACGCACGAACCGGGCGGUACCAACGGCAUGCUCGACUACUAUCGCAACUACACCAGCCCUACUGACAUUAACUUGUCCGUAUCCGUUUCGUCUUCAGGCAUGCACAAGAAGUCGCUCGAGGCGGCCGAAACGCUCAAAAACUCCGAAGAUAACAGUGACCGUGAAGAGACACGGACGGAGUCGAGCGAAACGAGCGGCGGGUCGGGGGCCGCCCUUCACUGCACCCUCGGCUCCUCGCCCCUCAAAUCGCCGACGAUCGCGUCCGAAGGGUCCGGGUGCAGCGGUGGCACCGGCAGCAGAGGUGACUGCGGUGGAGAGGGAGGUGGAGGAGCGGGCGGAGGGAGCGUAUCGGCGCUGAAUGGGAAGCACGCGAACACCUCGGCAAGGGCGGCAAUGGCGAAGAUGUCACGGUACGGGCUUGGGUCACCACCGCCCACCGGUGGGCGGCCACAUUCACCCUCCGUUACACCACCGGCCUCGGUACAUCCGCAUCAUCCACCACCUGCUCACCCGUCCUCGUUGGCCGCCCACCCGCUAGCCCAUCCGGUGGCGAGCGGACACCCGACGGUUCAACCGACGACGGCGGCCAGCACCGGCAGCGCGAUCAAGCUGCAACCCCGAUCACCACCCUUAGGGACGUCUCUUGCCGGUGGCGGUGGUGGUGGUGGUGGUGGCGGUGGUUCGACCGGUGCUUCCGGCGCCGGCGAUCACCUGUCACCGGUGGGGCAUGGGCACGGGCCGCACCAUACGGGAGGCAUUCCACCCGGACUGCCCGACGGUGGUGGCGUUGGGGGUGGAACGGCGGACUUCCUGCACGCGGCCACCAACAACAACUAUCACCCCGAAAACGACCACGAAGCGUUUAGGUGGGUUGACUACAAGGAUCCAGUCGCGUUCAUACGGAACAACUCAAUCGCUUGCCUGCGGGCGAAAGCACAGGAACACCAGGCCCGGUUGCUCAACAGUGGGCUACUGCUGCAGGUCCGCUCGCUCGCCGGUCUUCAAACGCAUCCGGCGUUCGACGGUAGUUCCGUGCCGUCGUUAGCCUCCCCGUACGAUGGCACCUGUUCGGUGGCAGCCCACGCAGCCCUACACGCCCAGCAGCAACGCACACCGCCUCCAUUACCACCCCAGUCCUCGCUCGACGGGACCCUUUCGUCCGCGGCCCUGCUCGAAAUCGAUCGACAACGGGCCGAAGCGAACAGCAGCAACGGAUCGGCCAUCUCCGUAAAAGGUGCCAGCAGCAGCCCGAACGUCAGCACUUUUUGA